AGGGAACGCCCCAAACAUCACGUGGCCUCUCGCCGCUCAUCUUUUUUUCCCUCCACGCAAAAUUUGCUUUUACGAACAUUUUUUAAAGGUCUUGUCGCAAGUGGAGUUUUGUAUCUUUUUAAUGUUAUGGCCCUAAAUGGCGAGGAGCAAAUGGAUGAAAUUGCAGCAGAUCAGGUCCCAGCUGAAGAUGUGGACAUGGAAAAUGGAUAUGCAGAAGAUCUAAAGAAAUUGAUGGAUUAUGGCAUCAGUAAAGCUGUUUCCUUGGAGUUGGUUAAAAUAUAUGGAACAGGUAAAUUAUCUGCAUCAGAACUUGAUGAAAGAGCACUAGAUGCUCUCAAGGAAUUUAAUGCUGAUGAUGCAAUAAAAGUUCUAAAAGAAUUCAGUAGCAGUAACUUGGAGCACGUCACAAAUAAAAGCGCAUGGUUGUGUGGUCAGAUGAAGACCUACAGACAAAAACGCCAAGCUGGUGGUGCCGCAUCACUAGCAAAAGGCCCAGAUGAAGCAAAAUUGAAGGAAAUUUUAGACAGAACAGGUUAUUCACUAGAUGUCACAACAGGACAGAGGAAAUAUGGAGGCCCUCCACCAGAGAGUGAUGAAACACAGCCUGGCACAGGCCAUGAAAUAUUUUGUGGAAAGAUUCCUAAGGAUAUUUUUGAAGAUGAACUUAUACCUUUGUUUGAAAAGUGUGGCAAAAUAUGGGACUUGAGAUUAAUGAUGGACCCUCUCACUGGUCUCAAUCGUGGUUAUUGUUUUGUUACAUUCUGUGAAAUUGCUGGUGCUAAAGAAGCUGUCAAGCAGCUUGACAAUUACGAGAUCCGAAAAGGCAAAACGUUGAAGGUCAACGUCUCUGUUGCCAAUGUGAGGUUAUUUGUAGGAAACAUUCCCAAAAAUAAAACAAGAGAAGAAAUUAAAGAUGAAUUCGGCAAAAGAACAGAGGGUUUGAUGGAUGUGAUAAUAUACGGGUCAGCUGAUAACCCCAAAUUGAAGAACAGGGGUUUCUCGUUUCUUGAAUUCGACUCUCACAAAUCUGCUUCAACGGCGAAGAGGAAGCUUAGUUCAGGUCGUGUCAAGGUGUGGGGUUGUGACAUCAUAGUGGACUGGGCCGACCCUCAGGAAGAGCCUGAUGAAGAAACCAUGUCAAAGGUGAAGGUCUUAUACGUCAGAAACCUGAAUGCAGACAUCACAGAAGAAACAUUAAAAGAGAAGUUUGAGCAGUUUGGAAAAGUCGAGCGAGUGAAAAAAAUCAAAGAUUAUGGAUUUGUGCACUUUGAAGAAAGAGAUGAUGCCGUCAAAGCCAUGGAAACCAUGAAUGGGGAGAAAUUGGGGUCUCUGGAAAUUGAAGUGUCUCUAGCAAAACCACCAACAGACAACAAGAAGAAGGAACAAAGAAAACGAGACACUGUCCGAGUUCCAAGAGGUGGUUAUGUGGGCUGGGACGAUUACUGGGGCCCCCCUAUGGGCCGGAUGCCUCUUGGACCCCCAGGCCGUGGGAUGAGACGACCUAUGCCCCCUCCUAGAGGAUUUGGUGGAGAUCCAUACUAUGAUGACUACUAUGGCUAUGACGACUUCGACUACUAUGGUGGCUAUGCCCCGCCACCCCCAAGAGCUCGGGGGCGUGGUGGUCCCCCUCCCCCAGUGGCUAUGCGUGGUCGUGGGGCCCCUCCCCGAGGUGGGCCCCGCGGUGGGCCAGGGGCGCGUGGGGGCCCUGGCCGCGGGCUCCGAGGGGCAAGAGGAGGACCAAUGCCACGGGGCAGAGGAGCAAGUCCGCUGAGACCACCAAGAGGGGGAAAGAGGAAAGCGGGAGCAGACCUAAGUCAGGGUCAAACGAAGAGGAGGAAUCUGGAAAGCUGGGGUAAUCAGCCAAUUCCUCAACAACCACUUGGCUCAUAUGGCGGAGGCUACGCUAAUGACUCUGAGUGGUACCAGGAUUCAUACGGUCAAAACUGGGGAUAAGAUUUAAAUCAAAUGGACAAAUUUUGUUAAAAACUUUUUGCUGUAAUUGAAAUUUUAAAAUUCUGACUGGCUGUAUUGUCAUGAACUUGUUAUUCACAUAUAAUCCUUUUUGUACAUACGCCAUUCAUCACUGGAUUGGAGAAAUGUGAAUGAUAAAAUUGAUUUGUGGCCUCUGCAAGGAAUCUCAACGGGAUACAUAACUUCAUAACUGUGACAAGACCUAAUAUCAGCAGGUCCACAACAGUUGUCAACUGUUUAUAAGAAAAGUGUAAAUGGGGUCGCAGACAGCACAUGAAACAAGAACAAAUCAUGAAGUAAUUUUAAAAUUGCAUGAAAAACGGUUUCAAAAAUUAUGUUGUCAAUUUGUGCUUGAAAACUUUGAUUUAGUAGCGCAUUUAUUUCAUCCCUGCUGUAAAGUUGGGGACUUGUCAAUCAUGUUGUAUCAUCUUGACAAAAUGAAAUGAAAUGUUCAUUUUGUCUCAUAGCAUUCACAUACAACUUCAUACAUAGAACAUAACUACCAACUUUUGGAAUAGUGGUUUUUAGUGUAUUGUAUUUUUUCUUUGGCAUUUUAAUCAUUUUUUAUGGAUUUCCAAAUUGUAAAACUAAAAUUGGAAAAUAAAGUCUCAGUUUUAUGUGUAGCUGUCUAAA